GGGUCUUUUCAUUGAACGUUUAUCGUCCUUCGCUUAUUUCCGUCUUGUUUCUAUCCUUUAUUAUUGUUCAUUUUAAUAUAUUUAAUUUAUUCAUAAUAGAAUCGAGGGUAUUGAGAGUGAAAAGUGUGCGACCGUGAUAUUUUAAUCUGCAUAGUUUUCCUUCCUUAUCUCUCUUACUUUUUUCUCUCGUUUCACUUUUAUGUACGAAACAACAAAGAUGACUGGAGAGAAAAGGAAGGAUCAUAGAGAAAACGGUGAAGAAGAAAUAUUUUUCACGAUCGAUCGAUCGAUCGGUCAAUCGAUACGGUGAUACGUUAUUGGCAGCGAAGACUGCUGUUUGAAAUUUGUUUUCGAGGUGCUCUGAUGGCACCCGAUCUCGAAAAAAGAAGGCAAGAACUUCGGAGGACCGGCAGCGGCACCUCGACGAGUCCUUGUCACGAGCACGUGGGGAUGCUAUUGCAACUUGCCCGUCCGAUUCCCAUCAAGUUUAUAUCACCGACGGAUCUUUAUUUUCACGGUAACAAUGCAGGAGGCUCAUCGUCCACGGUGACAGGAUCCAUUUUAAGGAGUUCCAUAGCACCUAACAAUCGAACGCACUCAAUCAACAGGAGAGCGGUUCACCAGCAACGAGAGCAGCAGCAACAGCAGCAAUCGUCGAUUCCUUUGAGCGGUGCCACUGCUCAAAAUUCGGAUGAUCACGAAGCAAGGGCAACCAGCUCGGCGCAAGACGCUUGCGACAAUUCAAACGAUUCUGGUCUUGGUUUCGAAGAACGACAACAACAGCUCAACACUGCUAACGCGUGGAACGGCGUCGGUGAAGAGGAUUCGAAGAGAAGAAAAAUGGAUAUAAAGCUUGAAUCCGAGGACGCAAAUUUUUCUUUUCCUGAGGUUCCUCAUUCUGGCAAUCCCGAAGGAAAAACUUCAAAUAGAGGUACGAGCAAUGGCAUCGGUCUUACGGCAAUCUCAGCUACUAGAACAGGAAACGGAACUGCUGGCACCGUAGGUAGGGUCAUCGGUGUUACGAAACCUCGUCCAGCCAUGGGUGUUUUGGGUAAACGCUCACCGAUAACUCACCAAGGCCCCGUCACGCUCACCUCGCAACUUUCUACCACAUCUAUAGAUGGAAAGGUACAAUUACAGAUCAUUUGUCAGCCUGAACAACAACACCGUGCGCGUUAUCAAACGGAAGGUUCAAGAGGAGCGGUGAAAGAUCGCACAGGAAACGGAUUUCCUAUCGUACGUUUGAUCGGUUACGACAAACCGACAACCCUUCAAGUUUUUAUCGGCACAGAUCUUGGCAGAGUAGCACCACACAUGUUUUAUCAAGCCUGCCGAGUUAGCGGUAAAAAUUCGACACCUUGUAUCGAGAGGAAAAUCGAUGGCACGAUCGUUAUCGAAGUGGAUAUGGAUCCUUCGAAAGAUAUGCUUGUAACCUGCGAUUGCGUUGGUAUCUUAAAGGAACGUAAUGUUGACGUGGAACACAGAUUUCCACAAGAAGCAGGUGUACUUCAAGGACGAAGCAAGAAAAAAUCCACGAGAUGUCGUAUGGUUUUCCGGACGACAAUUACUAACUCGGAUGGUAUUACGGAAACGUUGCAAGUUUGUUCACACCCUAUAGUUUGCACUCAACCACCAGGUAUUCCUGAAAUUUGCAAAAAAUCUUUAACUUCCUGUCCGUGUACCGGAGGACUAGAAUUAUUUAUUCUGGGAAAGAAUUUCCUGAAAGACACUCGUAUAGUGUUUCAAUUGGAUAACAACGAUAUGUCGAGCAAUUUGGAGCCUCACUGGGAAUGUGCCGUCCUACCCGAUAAAGAAUUCCUUCAGCAAACUCAUUUGGUAUGCGUUGUGCCGGCUUAUAGACGCCAAGACUUGGCUCCUUCGGAAACUGUAAGCGUAAAACUUUAUGCGGUAUCUUCGGGAAAAACGAGUGAACCACACACCUUUUUCUACACGGCUGCAUCCACUUCUUCCGAACCAUCAAUGAGUAAAGUCGAAUCUAUAACACCACCACUUGCUACGACAAACGGUGAAGCUGCUGCUCUAUCGUCGUCUCCUUCGGCAGUAACCUUGACAACCGGUGUCCCCGCCAACACUUUGGUACAGUCUGCCGCUACAGCAACAUCAAAUUUCUUGACAACGAUGCAAUCUCAACAAGCACCGAAUCAACCACCAGAAGCUCUUAAAAGCGAUCCAAGUCCUCCUCCAACAGCUACGCAAUCUCAAGUAACACCAGUAAUGAUGUGGACCUCUCAGUCAUCAAACUGUCAGAAUUCCUCAGCCGAUGUAAUGAUGCCACCUCCAUCCUUAAUAUCAAAUCCUCUUUUAAAUCGACGCUCCUCUUCGAAUCUUCAAUUAAUUCUUCCGGACAAUUUAAAAACAGAAGUAUUGGAUGAAAACAGCGAAAACAGCAUGCUCAGUGAUAAUAGUAUGCAAAGUAUACCAACACCUACAGCGAAUGGUCCAACAGGAACAAGUCCUUUACAACAACUCGUUAAUGAGAAUUCCAGAGAACCUGCCCAGUCCAGUAUGAUCAGAUCAGUAACUGUACCUGCAAACGGUUCUCCGGUACAAGAAGCUGUGAGUCUUCUUGGUGUUGUGGAUCUAAUACGUAAUCAACAUCCUCUAACUAUGGUUUCUACUCAUCAGAAUACAUUCGGAAGUAUGCAUGAAUCAUCUCAAGUCAAAGUUCUCAGUCCACAUCACAUCAACAAAGAUACUAGUUCGAUAUUGACGGCAGAAAACACUUCUAAUGGCAGUAUUCAGGGUGCUGGUGUUGUCGAUCUCCGUAUGAAACAUCAUCAAUCCGAGUACAAUGCGUUAUCUAGCUUCGCUGCUUCCUCCGUAGGACAACCUUUACCAGCUCAAAGCGGUCACAGCGUAGAAGAAUAUUUGAGUCACAUCGAAUCUACCGUAUCUACGGUGAAAGAGCAAGAAAAUGCUGAAAGUAAUUUUGUAGAUGCCAUGCAACAACGAGCUUCUAUAAUCACUUCUAAUCGACAAGCGGCUCAACAAUCUCAAACUGGUCUCUUGGUACCUUCUGCGCAAGCUGCAGCUGUGAAAUUGGACGUGCUAGUGAAUUCCGCUGCAGAAUCUCAUCAAAUUGUGUCACCUUUGCAAUCAGUAAACCCGAAUUCUACAAACAUAAUGAAUCACGUCGACGAUGCCAUUUCCAGUCCGCAGCAAGGAACUAGAACGAGUCCACCAAUCCCAGUGAAGACGAUGCUGCUCGAAGCUCUAAUGCCACAAUCGGUUUCACAGUCGGUGCCACCAAUGGCAGCAACUGGUGCAAACGCUGUCUCGUCUUCCGCGUCAGUUCAAGAGUCUCCAUCCAAUGAGAGUUUACUCACGACGAUUAACGCUGCACUUUUGCCACCAGUUACGAUACAGGAAUCGUCGGUAACUGCAAAUGGAACGCCUAAUUCAACGGUUCAGUCACAUAACGCGCUUCAAGUUACAAAUGAAACAAUAGCUACAACGGCCGAUCAUAUUCAACAGAUGCAAGCUCUAACUCAACAGGAAGUUGUGGUAAUACAGCAACAAGUACAACAGGUCGAACAGGUUGUUGCGCAUGCACAACAGCAGGUAGAACAAGUGGUAGCUCAGGUACAACAGCAGGCGGUACAAGCCGUACAACAAGCGCAACAACAAGUAGUACAGCAAGUUGUACAGCACGCACAAGUAGUUCAACAAGCAGUGCAGCAAGUUCAAGCGGUACAACAGGUACAGGUACCUGCAGUUCAGCAAGCUGUACAACAAGCCACACAAGAAGUCGUACAACAAGCUGUACAGCAAGCAACUCAGGAAGUAGUUCAACAGGUGCAAGCUGUUCAGCAGGCGGUACAACAGGCUCAAGCGGCACAAGCUAUGCAGCAAGCUGUUCAACAAGACAUUGGAUCGAUGUUGAAUCAGCCAGCAGGAUUUGUGGCAGAAGCGAGUUCUGCCUUGGCUAGCGGUGCUGCUCAAGAACCUUCGCAGCAGAGAUUAACAACUGCAGCUGAGCAAGCAAUCAACAACGUAAUUACGAAUGCUACAAAAGAUAUUAUCAAUAAUCGACCAAUCACGACGACUACGGCGCACGCCAUCAUUGCUACGAAAAAUAUACUAAACAGCGUAGCGACUCAAAGCGCUCAACUAAUGAAUAGUGCCAUGGAAGGGAUUUUACCUAAGUCACCUCCUGGGCAAAGUAAUAUAGUCGAGCAAGUCACUAGCAAAUCGCCACCUGUUGCUUUACCUGUUACUCCUAAUAGACAGAACGUUAACGCGUCCAUACCAAACACAGCACCAAGCGCUGCUGGUUCUUCCGUGAGAAAGCCUGAAGAUGUGGGAAACAUGCUACCUCAGGAACUCACUUCCAUGUCAGAACACGAACUUCUCAAUUACAUUAAUCAUAGCUGUUUUGAUCCUCAGGGUGGCUUUUUGAUGUAGUACUGCCACUUUCUUAUCAUACAAAGAAUAUAUUCGAUCUGUUUAAUAAAUGCAUCGUGAAGACUCGUCAAGACGUUCGAUAAAAUGUUCGUCAAAAUCGUUUACUUUAAAUACAGUACCAACGAUUUUUACGUGCCACGAUACAGUGCCACGAUAUCCUUUACGAGUUUGUGUGUGAUAGGAAUGAAGUCGAUUUUUUUUAUUAUUAUUAUUAUUAUUAUUAUUAUUAUUAUUAUUAUUAUUAUUAUUAUUAUUAUUAUUAUUAUUAUUAUUAUUAUUUAAGUAUGAACGAAAUCCGUUGCAACUCCGGAACAAUCGAAAUGUGCAUGUAUAUGUUAAGUGAGACGGGCGCAUACCGCGCGACAAUUAGGGUUUCGUUAUAUUCUUUUCUACGAGUUGUCAAAUGUGAUAAUUCAUUAAUUUAUCUAUAUCAAUGUCUGCGCAUCCAGGUGCCUUUAUUCUUACGAAAUAUCUCGAAUUGGUCUUUCUUUCGCAAAGGUGUUACAAAAGAAAGAAAGAAAAAUUAUCGUAAGUAUAUUAUAUCCUAUGUGAUCAAUCAUGUACUGACCCCACUCAAAAUGAAAUCUCUGUGCACAGUCAUGGAAUUGAGUGUAGCCAAUUUAAGCUUAUCAUAUUUUAACAUAUGAUUCCGAGAAACAUAAUUUGAUUCUACUUUUCCUCUUCUGACUUGAUUUCAUUAUAAAAAAUGGAUCAUUUGUUAUCUGACUUCGUUCCAAUUAAAUAUUAAGUAUAAUAUAUUUUUUACGUUACACGUUGUUUAAUAAUUGAUAUUUUUUGUUGUUAAUUAGUACUGAUGAUAUAAUUAUGUGAUUACGUUGACUAUAUUAUUGAUGACAGAGAGAUUAUAUAUUAUUAUAUAUGUCAAUAUAGAGAGUAAUAGUUAGAGGUAUAUAUGUUAUAUAUAUAUCGUGAUAUAUAUAAAUACGAAAAAAGAAAUAUAUAUAUAUAUAUAUAUAUACACACACAUACACACAGCCAUAUAUAUAAAUAUAUAUUUUUUACAUUUACCCAAAGAGACGAAUGAACGGCCAGAUACGAGGUCAAGUGAACUUAUUGAAGAUUUAACGAAGUCUACAUAUACAUGUACACAUACAUGCGCACUUAUAUGUACGUAUGUAGAUACGACAUAAAUACAUGCGUAACAUCGAAUUAUAUUGGGAUAUAUUCCCUUUUGUUCUUAAUAAGGGGUGCUAUAAGUACUAUGAGUACGAAUACUCGCCAAGAUUAUCUAAUAUUAUAAAUGCGAAUUUUAUAACGAAAAUAUUGAAACAUUUAUUGUCGUGAUAUAUCUUUGUAGCAAAACAUAUAUUUUAUAUCAAUCAUCUAAAUGUGCCGAUAUAAUGUCCACGGUCACGUAAGUGCAUUCACGAUCGAGAUGUAAGAUGCAUCUCACUCGCAAAAUAGCCGAAUGGCAAAAUUAUAAAAAAGAAAUCAUUAUACUAUGUGGUAUGUAUUUUGUCACUGAAACUUAUUUGUAAUAUAUACUGUACACUGUAUACGCACAUCAAGUGUUAAAGAUUUGCCAUCUGAAAGAAUGCCCAUGAGUAUGUAUUAUUGUUACUUCUAUAAGUUGAAUAAAUGUUUCACAGCAUUG